UCACACGGGCCCAGUGACCGGAGAAAAGUAGGAUCUGGGCCGUUAUUUCACUUACCGUCCUCUUCGCCAUCAUGUUAGAGGACGAAUCAAACCCAGAUGACCCUUGUGUCAAUUCUCGUGUCCUCACAGGGUUGAUAGUGGGUAAUAAAGGGCUUGAGGACCCUAUGAAGAGAAAGAAAACCUUUGAAAAGUGGUCCUUUCAAUCACCGGAACGCGAGAAGAUCUCGCGCAACUUAGCCGCUGCUGGGUUUUACUCCGAUGAAGAAGAAGGGGUGGUUAAGUGUGCUUACAGCUGUCAGGGGACUCUGGAAGGCGAACCGGAUGCUUGGGGAUGGCACAACGCUUUACAGACACACCAGCUUCGGUUCCCGCAAUGUUCUUACGUUGCAGAGUGCCAGAGGAGGCCGUCCAUUUAUUCCGAUGCAAAGACCGUGCUUGGAAUUCAAGACUCCGGCAUGACCCGCUGCAAUGAAGAUUACCAGCCAAAAUCUCUAUUGACUGCAGCGCCACCUGAGACGGGGGUGUAUGCGGCGGUAUCUAGUGUAAGACACAUUUUGAUCAACUUAAGAGAGCAUGCAGACAGACUAGAUGAAGAACACAGAUAUGUGCAGAAAAAGCAUCAUUUUUAUGACGAGAUUUCGCAAGUUUUACCAUUCCUUUGGCCGGUUGCCAUGGCAGCGCUCUCCACAACAGUGGUGUACGCCAUAGGUAAAAACGGGAGACCAAUAUACAGAAUAUAACUGAAGGAUUUUACGUAAAAA